AUGGCUUUUAAGGAUGAUACAGACGUGUAUAAUGCAUUGAAUUAUCAGUGGAAUAAGUGGGGCGGUCACAUUGAACCAAUGGCAUAUGUAGUGGCCAAAACCAAUUCAGACAUUCGAAUUGCUACUAUUUGCUGUAAAUUACUAAAUUUUCGUAUUGUGGCUCGGGGUGGUGGACAUUCAUUUGAUAAGAGGUGUUUUGGGGAUUCUCGUUCGUUGAUUGUUGAUAUGUCCGCAAUGAAUGAAAUAUCAAUUGACCCGUCGAGAAUGCAUUGGGACGUCGGUGCAGGAGCUGAAACAGCGGUCAUUACGGAAACGCUGUGGAAUGAAGGUGAAUACGUGGCAGCAUUGGGUGUUUGUCCUACUGUUGGAGUAACCGGACUCGCCCUAGGCGGUGGUUUCGGAUAUUUUACCAGAAUUUUCGGUCUAUCAUCGGACAAUUUAGUUGAACUGCAGAUGAUCGAUGCAAAUGGAAAUCUACAAAUAAUCAAUGAAAGUACGAAUGACGACCUGUUUUGGGCACUACGUGGUGGUGGAGGCGGAUCUUUCGGGAUUGUCACUAAACUGAAAUUCAGACUGUAUAAAGCUCCGAAAUCUGUUACUUUUGGCAAUUAUUUUUAUCACUUUGACGAUUUCCAACAGUUCUAUCAGGCAUAUCAGUCACUAUUAUCAUCACCUUCAAUACGCAACAAUUUUGGAUUAUUACUCAAAAUGCAGCAUGACAUUAUUGAAAUGGAAGUUUACGUGAUGCAAUUCGAAAAUGCGGACACAAUGUCUGUGGACAUAGACCAAAUUCUUGGUUCAUUUUCGUUUCCGAAAGCAAUCAAAUCUACUCUUAAACUAAUGUCAUAUCCCGAUUUCUAUUUGAAAACAGUACAGCCAUAUUCCCCAAUGACUAAGUUAACAACGCUAUCACAACUAAAGGAAAUUGAUCGUCAUUUCCCGGCAGCCUGGAUGGAAAGCAAAUCAAUGUUUGUAAAUAAACUUCUGAGCAGAGAAGAGAUUUCCGAACUAUAUGCUCUAAUGAAACCUAUGCUACCAUAUGCGACGUUAUUCUUUGAACACAAUGGGGGCGCAAUUGACGAGCAUUCACGUACAGAAACAGCAUUCGUUCACCGGAACAAUUUGUACAGUCUUCAGCUAGACACACUUUUCGUUGAUUUUAAUUAUACAGCAAAUUCAGCAGUGAAUGCAUUUUAUGAUGCGAGCAAACGUUUGUUGAAUCAUCAAGAAUCGUAUCAGAAUUACGUCGAUCCAACGAUGGUUGAUUAUCUUCAACGAUAUUAUGGUGAAAAUUUGGAAAGACUCAUAAAAAUUAAAACGAAAUACGAUCCGGAAAAUCUAUUCCGUCAUCAACAAUCCAUACCAACAGCAGACAGAUCCGUUUCAGUACUUUAUAUGUAG